CCAGCUUCAAGCAGCCUUGAGUUUCCGUUGCCAUCUCCGCCCUCGAGUCUGCCUUUCGUCCUCCUUUGCUCCCGCUCCUCUCCAAAUUCCACCACCACCAGCCGCCGUGCAUAUGAUGUGAAAGCCUCCUCGUCCUCUUUGCCCUUUUAAUUUUCCUUCUCCUUCUCUUGAAUCACUGCCACCCAAUUGCUGUUUAGUGAAGGGUCUUCAAAGAGAGAAUUUUGGGUUAAAGGUUGAUUUGUUAUGGCUGUCUUUCUGUGCAAUUCCCAAGUCGAUUUCAAUAGCUGAAUUGGAAAGGUGAGUUCUGAAAUUUCUCAUUCGACCACCACUCAGCAUCCACUUAGUAUUAUGCUAAAAAGAUCAAAGCAUUUGCCUCAUCCUCGUCGAAAAACCCAAUCUUUACCCUUCAAGAAUGUAGUUUCUGCAAUUUUGAUUAGUGGGAUUUGCAGUAAUAGUACCAAUAAUAUUGCCAAAGCUGCAGCUUCAGAAUCUGAAAAUGAAUGGGAAAGUUUGCUCAAACCAUUUGACCUCAAACAGCUUAAGAAAGUACUCAGUAAAAUUACCCCUUAUCAGCUUAGCAAGUUUCUGGCUCUUCCUUUGGAUGUGCCCACAUCCUUGGAGCUAUUUCGGAAGGCUAGUGCCCAGAAAGGCUAUUGUCACACUUUUGAUGUGUACUAUACUUUGAUUGAUAAACUUGGUGCUGCUAAGGAGUUUAAGGCUUUAGAUAAACUGUUAUUGCAGAUGAAGGAGGAUGGGAUAGUUUUCAGGGAGUCCCUCUUCAUUAUGAUCAUGAAGCAUUACGGUAGAGCUGGUUUACCUGGUCAAGCCACUAGGUUGCUUUUGGAUAUGAGGAAGAUAUUUUCUUGCGAACCAACGUUUAAAUCGUAUAGUGCUGUGUUGGGAAUUCUAGUGGAUGGUAAUUGUCCUAAAGUUGCUGUUAAUGUCUUUUAUGAAAUGCUUAACAAAGGUGUCUCCCCUAGCGUUUCAUGUUUCGCCAGAGUAAUAAAAGCGCUAUGCAUGAUUAAUGAAGUGGAUUCUGGGUGUUCACUUCUGAGAGACAUGACGAAACAUGGGUGUGUGCCCAAUUCUAUAGUUUACCAGACAUUGAUUCAUGCACUUUCCAAGGCCAAUAGAGUAGGUGAUGCCUUGAGGCUUUUGGAGGAGAUGUUUCUUAUGGGCUGUAUACCAGAUACCAAUACUUUCAAUGAUGUUGUAACUGGCCUUUGCCAUUCCAGUCGAAUUCAUGAGGCUGCCAAAUUGGUUGAUCGAAUGCUUGCUCGGGGUUUUGCCCCUGAUGCUAUAACGUAUGGAGUUUUGAUGCAUGGUUUUUGCAGAACAGAUCAAAUAGAUGAAGCCAGGGCCCUGCUAUACAGAGUGCCCAAUCCCAAUAUUGUUCUGUUUAACAUUUUGAUCAAGGGAUUUGUGGCCUCUGGUCGUUUUGAUGAAGCAACAGCUCUUAUCAGGGAGGGCCUGAUGAAUGUUGGCUUGCAGCCGGAUAUUUAUACAUAUAACAUCUUGAUUCAUGGCCUUUGCCAAAAGGGUUGUUUGGUGUCAGCUUGUGAAGUUCUUGAGGAGAUGUCAAUCAAGGGUUGUAAGCCCAAUGUGAUCACAUAUACUAUUCUGAUUGGGGGAUACUGUAAUGAAGGACGUUUAGAGGAGGCUAAUGAACUUUUGAUUGAGAUGUCAUCGCAAGGUCUUAGUUUAAAUGUAGUCGGAUAUAACUGUCUUGUCUCUGCUUUGUGCAAGGAUGGAAAGAUCCAGGAGGCAUUAGAAACUUUUGGUGAUAUGUCAAGAAAUGGAUAUAAACCAGAUAUAUUUACAUUCAACUCUUUAAUAUUUGGGUUUUGCGUGGUUGAUAAGAUGGAAGAGGCACUUAGCAUGUAUCGUGAUAUGUUGCUUGAGGGGGUUAUUGCCAAUACUGUUACCUACAACACAUUGAUACAUGCUUUCCUGAAAAAAGGUGCAAUCCACGAGGCCCUUAAGCUUGUAAAUGAUAUGUUGUUUAGAGGAUGUGCCCCUGAUGAGUACACAUAUAGUAGCCUUCUACAUGCACUGUGCAAAGAUGGUGCUGUUGAGAAAGCAUUGGGACUUUUUGAGGAAAUUUUGAGAAAGGGAGUCUAUCCUAAUAACAUAUCCUGCAACAUUUUAAUCAAUGGCUUGUGCAAAAUUGGCAAGGUACAAAAGGCACUUGAAUUUUUAAGAGAGAUGAUUCAUCGUGGAUUGACACCUGAUAUAGUUGCAUACAACACUUUGUUAAAUGGUCUAUGUAAGUUGGGUUGUGUUCGAGAAGCAACAAGCCUUUUUGAUAAAUUGCAGUUUGAAGGCAUUAGUCCGGAUCCCAUCACGUAUAACACUCUUAUAAGUUCCUAUUGUAGAAUGGGCAUGCUUAAUGAUGCCCAUAUGCUCUUAAAUAGAGGCGUGGCCUGUGGAUUUAUACCUAAUGAGGUGACAUGGCAUAUCUUAGUCAGGAACUUUGUGAAAAAGGGUACACAAGAGAAUCAAACAUUUUCUGGAUAUUCCAACUGUUUAUUUUAGUACUCAUUAUGUGAAUGUUCUUGUGGGGAAUCCAUUAUGAAAUUCUUUUGCUUUGCUGAAAAAACCAUUAUAAUUAUUGGGAUUGUUUUAGCAAUCCCAGUUGUUUAAGGAAGCCAUAUAGCAUACAUUGGAAACAAUCCCAGUUGUUUGAGAAAGUCAUAUAGCAUAGAUUGGAUAGAUGCAUAUAUACUUUAGUCAACUUUAACUAGGUUUGCAUCCAUUGAAGUUUUAGCUGCAAUCUGUUGAAAUGCUCAAUGCGGCUUCAGACCUGACUGUUGUAUGGGCACAGGGUUCGAAACCUGCACUUCUUCAAAUUAUAACUAUAUAAAAAGCAUCAUGGUUUGCUACCAUAACAUGGACUGAUUAUACGUGAGUGGCCGGUGCAAGAAGGUCUGUUGGAACUGCUGACUGAUUGCUGCUUUUGAGAGAGCUUGCUUACCAGAUCAGUUAGGCCAAAGAGUUUUGUGCGAACUACAGAUUCUGGAGAUUUACCCGGAUACUUAAACUCUGUGGGCUGGUCUCCUUUGAUCAAUACUAGAUCAAUGCUAGAUGGUUGAAAGCAGUUAAGAGUUAUCCAUGUUACCAGCUAUACUUGGUCUUCCUACAACUGAUCUGAAAUUAAACUGAAGAAUGGUAAACCAAACUUAUAACUGGGAUUCAGGGAAUCAGAUUUGUGUGCAUGUUGACUGAACUAUAAUUACAUUACGGUGCAAGAAAAACAGCUAGACUUAUUUCUCUGAACGAGAAGACUCAGUUAGAGACAUGAUGAAGAAUCCACUGUGUUUGGUCCAGUUCCACAGUUUCCACUUUCUGCCCCACUCUAUCCGUCGUCAACUAUUAUCCAUCAAUCACUGACGAACAAACUGUUUAAAGUUCCUCGCCUAAUUCUCCACAAAGCUUUCAGAUCGCAAAUCCUCCUCUUCUUGCAUUCGUAACUGGUAUGGAGGCCGGAGAACCUAGUGGAUCGGGACCUGAACCGAGACCUCUAAGUGCAGGGGGCCCGGUGAACCAGGUAUUACGCCGGCGUGUGCUUCGAUAUCAGAAAAGGUUUGGGGGGCCGUAUACGUUGUGCUCACCUUUUUGCCAAAUGGACCGGCCAUGUGAGUGUCGAUACAUAUUCGGUUAUCCCGAAGAGGUCGUCCUAGCAGUGGACGACGAGCGACGUCGCCUGAGGAAGGCGGCUGAUCGUUUGGCUAGACAGCUGGAGGAGGUUAGAGAAAUUGCCCACGAGCAGGCUAUGCACAUUAGGGAUUUGGAGCAGGGCCUCCGAGUUGAGGUGGAAAGGACGGACGCUAUUCGUCGUCAGCUCUAUGACACACACCAGCACCUCUUCGCUAUGAAGGGGCAACUGAGGGAGAGGGCUCGGGUAUCAUGCUGGACUGUGAUGUCCUGUUAGAUGUGGCCGCGGAGGCACUACCACGAGCUACCGGCCCAGAGCUGAUGGACGAGAUGAACACUUUUGGUUCCGUUGGGGAUUGGGGCCAUAGGGAAGGCGCGUAGGGCCGUUGUUGGGAUUUCCUUUUGACUAUCUGGCAUGUUUGUUUUUGUUAUAACCAGUAUGCCUGGUUUCUUUUGUUAUCUGAUGGUUGACUAUAUUUUUGGAGCCGAAGUGCUAAUGUAAAUAAUGGGUUUUGUACCGACCAGAUGUCAGAUAACUUGUAUAUCUUUUAGUGUGACUUUGUAAAUAUAUGUAUAUAUUUGAAUAUAAUCUUUUGAAUUUAUAUUUUGCGUGUCUUUUGUGCA